CCGGAUCCCAGUGCUCCGGGAGGGGAGGGGAGGCGGCGGCGGCGCUCGGACUGCGGGCGCUCGCGGAGGGGAAGCGGCGCCCUUUCCCCCUGGCCGCUGCGCUGCGCUGCAACGCGCACGGGCUCCGCCGGCUGCUAUUCCGGGUGGCGGCAGCCGCCGCAGGAAGGGCCGGUUCUUGAGCUCCCUCCGCCCCCUUCCCUCGCCUUCUGCUGACGCUGACGUCGGAUGAGAGACCUGGAGGGACGCUCUGACAGCGGCCGGGAGGCUCCUAGGGGCCGGGGCUCCGAGGUUAUAACAUAACUUAUCCUCUCAUGCUUUUUCCCUGCCCCUUCUCCCCAAAUCAUCAACAGUAGAAAAAGAAGAAGAAAACAACAUGUCAGGACACAAAUGCAGUUUUUCCUCAGACUUACAUGAUCGAUAUGCUCAAGAUAAGUCAGUUGUAAAUAAAAUGCAACAGAAGUACUGGGAAACAAAACAGGCCUUUAUUAAAGCUACAGGGAAGAAGGAAGAUGAACAUGUAGUUGCCUCCGAUGCAGACCUGGAUGCCAAACUAGAGCUGUUUCACUCGAUUCAGAGAACCUGUUUGGACUUGUCUAAAGCAAUUGUACUUUAUCAAAAGAGGAUAUGUUUCUUGUCUCAAGAAGAAAAUGAACUGGGAAAAUUUCUUCGAUCCCAAGGCUUCCAAGAUAAAACCAGAGCAGGAAAAAUGAUGCAAGCCACAGGAAAGGCCCUCUGCUUUUCUUCCCAGCAAAGGUUGGCCUUGCGAAAUCCUUUGUGUCGAUUUCACCAAGAAGUGGAGACUUUUCGGCAUCGGGCCAUCUCAGACACUUGGCUGACAGUGAACCGCAUGGAGCAGUGCCGGACUGAAUACAGAGGGGCAUUAUUAUGGAUGAAGGAUGUGUCUCAAGAGCUUGAUCCAGACCUCUACAAGCAAAUGGAGAAGUUCAGGAAGGUACAAACACAAGUACGCCUUGCAAAAAAAAACUUUGACAAAUUGAAGAUGGAUGUGUGUCAAAAAGUGGAUCUUCUUGGAGCAAGCAGAUGCAAUCUCUUGUCUCAUAUGUUAGCAACAUACCAGACCACUCUGCUUCAUUUUUGGGAGAAAACUUCUCACACCAUGGCAGCCAUCCACGAGAGCUUCAGAGGUUACCAACCGUAUGAAUUCACUACAUUAAAGAGCUUACAAGACCCCAUGAAAAAGCUUGUUGAGAAAGAAGAAAGGAAGAUCAGCCAGCGGGACAGUACAGAAACAGCAGUGGAGGAACCAAGUCAGUUAAUCAAACUAGAGGAUGAAAACCAGAACAAGAAAUCCUCUAUUUCUAAGACUGAAGAUGGAAAAAGUAUUUUAUCUGCCUUAGACAAAAGCUCUACACGUAAUGCAUGCUCAGGACCUGUCGAUGAACUAAUAGACGUGAAACCUGAGGAAGGUGCUUGCCUGGGCCCAGCAGCCGGGACAGUGGAACCGGAAGGUGCUGACAAAGAUGACCUGCUGCUGCUGAGCGAGAUCUUCAGCGCUUCCUCCCUGGAAGACGGCGAGUUCAGCAAAGAGUGGGCUGCUGUGUUUGGAGACAGUCAGCUCAAGGAGCCAGCUCCCGCAGGGGCCCCCGGGGAGCCAGACCCCAAGCUCCAGCCAGACUCAGGAUUCCUUCCUUCGCAGCUUUUAGACCAAAAUAUGAAAGACUUACAGGCCUCCCUACGAGGCUGCUCAGAAAGCAGUGCCAAUCCUCCUUCUCCAUGGCCGGCACCCAAGACAAGCCACCCAAAUGGCAACAGCCCUGCAGCAAAAGAGCCUGCCAAGGCUGCCUCCUCGGACCUGACGGCCUGGUUCAGCCUCUUUGCUGACCUCGACCCAUUAUCCAAUCCUGAUGCUGUUGGGAAAACUGAUAAAGAACAUGAAUUGCUCAAUGCAUGAGUCUGCAGCCUGCGGGAGGGAGCAGCGAGCUGCUCCGCAGCCACACAGCUGGGGGCUAGCAGAAGUAUCCAGUGAUCAGUAUGCUGUUUUAACAUUUACGUGCCAUUUUAAUAAAAUGAAAGGGUCAAAGGCCCUGUUUAUAUUGGUAUAA